ACCCACACCAUAUCUUUCACCAUCCAGUUAUAAACCCUAAUUCCUCCCUUCGAAUUCUAUUCGAUCACUCCCAAUUUGACUCGCGUCUUGCCGACGCCAUGAACGGCGGCGAGCCUCCGGUGGACACUGCCACCUUUGAACCUUCGUCAGAGAACCCUAUCUCUCUCCCGGAACCCCAAGCAGCUCCCCCUAACCCUGAGGAACUUGUAGCCAAAGCCAUCGCCCCAGUGAAGGCCGAGUUCCUCCGGCCUCCGCCCUCGAGGUCCCGAUCCGAUGGUGCUGGUGAGAAGAAUAGUGUUUCCUCGAAUGUUGUAAAGGAGAAGAAGUCCAAGCGCCAGCUCAAGCGCGAGCGGCAGCAGGAGCAGAAGAGCGCGACUCAUAUUUGUUCGGAAGUCGCGAAAUUGGGAAAGGUUGAUGCUUGUCGUUACGGCGGCAAAUGUCGCUUCAGCCACGAUUUGGAUGCUUAUUUGGCUCAGAAGCCAGCAGACCUUGAAGGGACUUGCCCUUUUAACAUUGUUAAAGAAUUAUGCCCUUAUGGAUUGACUUGUAGAUUUGCGAGCACUCACAGUGAAGGUGUUAGUUUGGAGGAUGAGAAUACUCCAAAGAAGAAUUUUGAAAUCAAUGGUCUAAACAAAGACUUGCAGAGGCUCUUGUGGAAGAAUAAAGUUAGUUUUCCCAAGUCUUCUGCUCAGCUCAAGCUCCUUGGGCUUUCUGUAAUUAAAGUUGAUUCGAAUUUGAAACCACAUGCGCGAGAAAAGAAGCUUAUUGACUUCAGAAGAAAGCUAUAUCUUGCUCCGCUCACCACUGUGGGGAAUCUGCCUUUCAGGAGGGUCUGCAGGGCCUUGGGGGCAGACAUAACCUGUGGAGAGAUGGCAAUGUGCACGAACCUCCUACAAGGGCAAGCUUCAGAAUGGGCAUUGCUGAGGCGUCAUUCCUCGGAAGAAAUAUUUGGUGUACAGAUAUGUGGUUCAUAUCCAGAUACCGUGGCACGAACUGUUGAACUCAUAGACCGUGAAUGUGCAGUUGACUUUAUUGAUAUUAACAUGGGCUGUCCUAUUGAUAUUGUUGUUAACAAAGGUGCUGGGUCUUCUCUUCUGACAAAGCCCAUGAGAAUGAAGGGCAUUAUUCAAGCAGCCUCUGGAACUGUAGACAAGCCUAUAACUGUUAAGGUUCGAACUGGUUACUUUGAAGGAAGGAAUCGAAUAGAUUCUUUGAUCUCAGAUAUUAAGGCAUGGGGAGGCACAGCUGUAACAAUUCAUGGCCGAUCACGGCAACAACGCUAUAGCAAGCUUGCUGACUGGGACUACAUAAACUUGUGUGCAAAUAAAGCACCUGAUAAUUUGCAAGUUCUGGGAAAUGGUGACAUAUUCUCAUACCAUGACUGGAACAUGCAUAUUUCUGAUUGUUCCAAACUUUCUUCCUGCAUGGUUGGCCGAGGUGCCCUAAUAAAGCCUUGGAUAUUUACUGAAAUCAAGGAACAACGGGAUUGGGACAUUAGUUCUACAGAGCGCUUUGAUAUUUUGAAGGAUUUUGUACGAUUUGGGCUUCAACAUUGGGGCUCUGAUAACAAAGGUGUGGAGACUACCCGGCAUUUCAUGUUGGAAUGGUUGAGCUACACCUGCCGAUACAUUCCUGUAGGCCUAUUGGAUGUCAUCCCACAACGCAUAAACUGGAGACUGCCCAGCUACUACGGCCGUAAUGAUCUUGAGACUUUAAUGGCCUCUGAUUCAGCAGCUGAUUGGAUUAGGAUCUCUGAGAUGUUGCUGGGAAAGGUUCCAGAAGGCUUCAGUUUUGCACCAAAACACAAGUCCAAUGCAUAUGACCGAGCUGAGAAUGGCUAAUCCUCAAGACGAAAAAAUGUCGGCCAUUAUUACUGUUAGACGCUGGUUCUGGCCAUUUCUCUUCUGAGGAUCUCAUUGAAAUUAUUUUGUUGUCUUAAAAUGUAUGCCUGCCUCGCACUCAUUAGCAUUAAUUAUUCUAAUUGUAUUUUAUGGCA